ACUUUUUUGGGGCGCCACUUAAAAAGCAAUUGAUUUUGAAUUCCCCCAAAAGCUUCAUUAAAGCUGGGAUGACCCUGACAUGGCAGUCUUGUUCACUGUAGUCGGUACUCGCAGUGUGCCUUUGUCACGUGAUCGGUCUUGCUUUCUCUCUCUCUCUAGGAACUCUAAAUUCCGCCAUUCACCAUCUCUCUACCCACACUCCUUUCCCUCUCACGGAAAUUCCAUCUUUCUUUCUCUCUCUCGAAAACCCACAUUCUCUUUUUUCGCCAUCUCUCUCGUAAGACUGACUUCUCUCGUGGAAAUUCUGCCCCCCCUUCUCUUUCUUUUGUUUUGCUGGGGGGUUUCCCGAUCUGGGUUUCAGAGUAUGUUCGCCGAGAGUUUUUUAUCUUGAAGGUGGGUUUUCUUCUCUGAUAAAUUUUACAGGGAGAUGGGGUUCAUUUCGAGAAGGGUUUUUCCUGUAUGUGGAAGUAUAUGCGUUUGCUGCCCUGCUUUGAGGUCUAGAUCUCGGCAGCCUGUUAAACGCUACAAGAAACUGCUUUCUGACAUCUUCCCAAAGUCCCUGGAUGGACCUCCUAAUGAAAGAAGAAUCACAAAAUUAUGUGAGUAUGCUGCAAAGAACCCUUUCCGCAUCCCAAAGAUCGCUAAGUUUCUUGAGCAAAGAAGCCACAAAGAACUGCAUUGUGAUCACUUCAAAUAUAUCGAAAUCAUCAUGCAAGCAUUUAAUAAACUACUUAGCAUGUGCAAGGAGCAGAUGCCAUAUUUUGCUAUCUAUCUAUUGAAUGUAAUCAGCGAUCAUUUGGAUCAAUCACGUCCAGUUACGAUUCAGAUUCUUGGUUGCCAGACCUUGACAAAUUUUAUAUAUAGUCAGGCUGACGGAACCUAUACACACAAUAUUGAGGGGUUGGUGCGUAAAGUCUGUGUGCUUGCUCGUGAAUCUGGCGAGGAGAGUGAAAAACGUCGGUUGCGGGCAUCAAGCUUGCAAUGCCUUUCAGCAAUGGUCUGGUUUAUGGCUGAAUUUUCCCACAUCUUUACUGAUUUUGAUGAGAUUAUAUAUGUUACGUUGGAUAACUAUGCCGUGGAGGCACAAAAUGAAGUGGUUGAUGAAGGAGAGGAAUCACAUCAUAAUUGGGUGAAUGAAGUUAUUAGAUGUGAGACAAGGAGUGGUGCAUGUGUUGUAAACGAUAUGAGUCCAAGUUAUGACAUAGUGAGGCCGCACCCAGAAAUAAAGGAUCCUUCAAUAUUGUCAAGGGAAGAGAUGGAAUCACCCAAGGUCUGGUCGCAAAUCUGCAUUCAGAGAAUGGUACAAUUAGCAAAAGAAACGACAACAAUGCGACGAGUUUUGGAUCCCAUGUUUCUCUACUUUGACACAAGGAGACAGUGGACUCCUAGACAAGGCUUGGCUCUAUUCAUUCUUUCAGAUAUGUCUUACUUGAUGGCAAGUACAGGGAAUGACCAAUUGAUUUUGGCUGCCAUUAUCCGACAUCUGGACCAUAAAAACAUUGCACAUGACCCUCUGAUCAAAUCGAAUAUCAUUCAGAUUUGUACUGCCUUGGUUCGGCUAUUGAAGUCACGAGUGAUCAUUGCUGAACUUAGUGUCGUCAGUGACUUGUGUAGACAUUUGAGGAAGAGUCUUCAAGCCUCCACUGAUUUAGUUAGUCAACAAGAUUCAAACUGGAACAUUUCCCUGCAGCAUUCAAUUGAGGAUUGCUUGCUUGAAAUCACGAAAAAGAUUGGCGACGCAAGACCCCUGUUUGAUAUGAUGACAAUUACAUUGGAGAAGCUGCCUACUGCUGGUCUUGCUGCUAGGGCGACAAUUGGGGCACUACUAAUUCUUGCUCAUAUUGUUUCUCUUGUGUGCUUUCAGUCAUAUGUACAACAGGUGUUCCCUGAGGCACUCCUCCUCCAACUUUUAAAUGCCAUGAUCCAUCCAGAUACUGAAACACGUGUAGCUGCCCACCGUGUAUUUUCUGUUAUUCUUCUCCCAGCCUCAGCCUAUUCUUCUUCGCACUCAGAUUCUCCCUUUGAAGCUAGAAGGUGGCACUCAAAAGCCACAUCUGCUUUCGCCUCUGCGAGUGCACUGCUUGAAAAGCUUAGGAGGGAAAAGGAAAGUAUAAAUUUCGAUAAGCGUGGGAAUGAUAUUAUUGAGGAUGCCAAGAAUAGGGAAUCCAGUGAUGAAGAGUGGAAGCAUGGUUAUGUUCGUAAAAGUUCACCCAAUUUUUAUAGGAUAAGUCGUUCCAUGAUUGAUGUGACUGCUAAUUCAGGUGGCUCGGUGGACACAGAAUCUAAUUUUGUUAGGCUUAGUGAAGAUCAAGCUGCUCAAUUACUGUGCGGCUUCUGGAUACAGGCCAAUUUACAUGAUAAUCUACCCCAGAAUUAUGAAGCUAUUGCUCAUUCAUUCAUGUUGACAUUGUUGUGUUCUCGGACGAAGAGUUUGAGUCAUGAUACCAUUCUCCAGUGCUUCCAGCUCGCUUUAUCCCUCAGAAGAAUCUCUUUGGAGCCAGAUGGAAAAUUGUCACCAUCGCGCAAGAGAUCUCUUUACAUGUUGGCAGCAUCCAUGUUUAUGUCUGCAGCCAAAAUUUAUCAUAUUCCAGAAUUAAAUGACCUACUUAAGGCUUCUUUAAGCCAUUGUAAUAUAGAUCCAUUUGUCAAUAUUUCAGACGACUUGCAGAUAUGCGUAGCAUCUCAUGCGGAUUUGGGAGAAUAUGGUUCUGCUUCUGAUGAGCAUGCUGCAUAUCGCUCACUCUCUGAUUUGCGGGCUACAUUGUCUGAAUUGGAGAAAACCCUAAUUGACAUUAUUGUUCGGAGCUUCUCGGGUUUAAUUGAGAUGGACCAUGAGAGCAUAGCACAAGAGCUGUCCAAUGUGUUCACCCCCACUGAUUCCUUCCUGUUUGGUCCAGGGUCAGUAUUUGACUCGAGCCAUAAUGAUAUGAGCAAGCAUUCCAAGGAAUCCCUUUCCUCUGAUGAGGAUAUACUGGUGUACUCUCAAAUUGAGGAUGAUCUCAUCAGUGAAACUUCUGCUGCUGAACUUCCUCGACUCAUUCCCAAAGUUCCAGUGAUUCCCUCUAUUCCCCAUAUCAUCAGUGUGGGGCAGCUGUUGGAGUCGGCUCUUGAGGCAGCGGGACAUGUGGCGAGCUCAUCAGUGUCGACUUCACCAUUACCAUACAGUGCUAUGGCAAGCCAAUGUGAGGCUCUUGCCAGGAGAAAGAUUUCAACCUGGCUAUCUCCCGAGACAAAAACAGACUUGUUCCCAUUGAUGUUGCCAACUAAUUGGCCAUUGGAUAACAAAGAGGUUAGUGAGGCUGAAUUACAAAAGGCAUCGUCCGGCCUUUGUAGCGGGCAUUGUCAGGUAGAGGGAAGGUUGGCCCCAGAGCCAUGGCAGGGCUUGAGGCUUCCACCUGCAAGCCCCUUUGACAACUUCUUGAGGGCAGCAGGUUGCUAAAGAUUGUAUAGCUUCUUGCUAUGCUAUUUUAUUAUGCAUGUAAAGUCUAUGCUUGGUUUCGAAAGAAAAGAGCACUACUUGUAAAGGCACACGCAAAAUUAUCAUAUUAGAGGUUGAAUUGAAUAUUUGAUGUUUUUAGCUAA